GGGCGGGGGUGUGGGGGGCAGCAGCAGCAGCCGCCGCCCCCCCCCCAGAUGGGGCUGGUGCGCCACUGAGAGGGGCCCGGAGGAGCCCUCCCGGGCCGGCAGCAGCCCCAGGCGGGCUUCCAGCAGGGCCUUCCAGCUGGGCUGGAGCGGAGUUCCUCCUGCCCCUCCCCCCUCAGAACAGGCCGCGGAGGAGACGGCCCGGCCGGCGGAGCCGUGGCGGCCCAGGGCAGGCAGAGGCCUGAAGCAGCCAGCCGGGCCCAGCCAUGUCCACCCCGGCCGGGGUGGCCCGCAGUGGCUCCGUGGAGCACCAGCCGGGGAAGCGAGAGCCCCACGCCCAGCGGGUCCCCUCCUGGGCCAGGCGGCGGCGGUCCUCCUCCGUGGGCAGCGACCGCUCCUAUGGCAGCCUAUUGACCGUCACCCCCCAGAACAGCGGCGUGGCCCCCUACGCGCCUGAGAGGGAGCCCGCCCUGCCCCAGGAAAUAUUUGGCUACAAAACCCAUAGCUUCUGGAAGGCCCUAUGCAUUGCUGGGUACAUCAUGUCCUGUGGCGCCCUCCUGCUUGUCUUCUACUGGAAGCCAGCCUGGGACGUGUGGGCGAAAUGCGUGCGAUGUGACUUACAAGAGGCAGACGUCGUGCUGCUCAGGACCACAGAUGAGUUUCAGAGAUACUUUAAAAAGAAGGUGAUCUGGGUUGACUUGUUGAAUUUCUUGGACAGUGAAAAAUUGGAUCACAUCUUCAAGACAGACAAGGAUUCAUUCAUAAACAAAGCCAUAAUGAAGCCUUACUGGAAAGUCAGAUACAUCCAAGUACAAAAAAUCCGCUACGUCUGGGACUACUCUGCCAAGCAGUUCAAUAGAGUUGGGUCACUUGAGGACAGCCACACUUGUUAUCAAAUCCAUCACAAGUAUGGAGGUGGACUGACAAGGAAAGAGCAAGAUCUCAGGAGGUUGAUUUGUGGGCCCAACACCAUCAAAGUGGAAAUUCGCCCCAUCUGGAAACUGCUUUUUAAAGAGAUUCUGAACCCUUUUUACGUGUUCCAAGCCUUCACCCUGAGUCUCUGGCUGAUCCAGGGAUACAUUGAGUACUCGAUUGCCAUUAUUCUCUUGUCCAUCAUCUCCAUCGGCCUCACCGUGUACGACCUUCGGAAGCAAUCUAUCAAUUUGUACAACUUGGUGGAAGAGCACAACAAGGUCCAAGUCAUCGUCUGGACUAAACACGAAGGUAACCGCAAAGUGGAGUCUUGUUCCUUAGUCCCAGGAGACAUCCUUGUCCUAGAAGGGCAGAAGCAUUCUCUGCCAUGCGAUGCCAUCCUCAUAGAUGGAAACUGCGUUGUCAACGAGGGGAUGCUGACAGGUGAAAGCGUUCCUGUGAUUAAGACCCCCUUGCCCCACAUGGAUGACACCUUGCCCUGGAAAACACACAGCAUAGAGGAUUACCGGAGGCACGUUAUCUUCUGUGGCACAGAGGUCAUCCAGACCAAGCAGACAAGCAAGGGGCCCGCAAGAGCGGUUGUGCUGCAAACGGGUUUCAAUACAGCCAAGGGAGACCUGGUGAGGGCCAUCCUUUACCCCAAGCCUCUGAACUUCAAAAUCUACAGAGAUGCUUUCAAGUUCAUUGUGUGUCUGGCCUUGAUUGGUGUCCUGGGGCUGGUCUACACAAUAUGCGUGUACGUGAAACUCAAGCAACCUGCAAAGGACACUGUGGCCAUGGCUCUCCUCCUCCUGACGAUCGCCGUCCCCCCCGCUAUCCCAGCUGCCUUGACCACGGGCAUCAUUUAUGCCCAGAGGAGACUGAAGAAUAAGAAGAUCUUCUGCAUCAGCCCCCAGAGGAUCAACAUCUGUGGGCAAAUCAACCUGGUGUGCUUUGACAAGACUGGCACCCUGACGGAAGAUGGGCUGGAUCUCUGGGGCAUCACUCCUUGCCAAGCAAAAAGGUUCCAGAAUUUCCACAGCUUCUCCUCGGGCUGCCCUCUGCCCUGGGGGCCCGUCUGCCGAGCCAUGGCCACCUGCCAUUCCCUGCUGCUGCUGGACGGGAAGAUCCAGGGAGAUCCGAUGGACAUGAAAAUGUUUGAGGGCACUGGCUGGGAAAUAGAAGAGGCCAGUCCAGAGAAUGCUCACAGCAGCCCAGCAGAAUCUUGCACAGUUGUUAAGCCAGGGCCUGCCGCUUCCCGGGCUUCCGUGGAAGGAAUCAUGAUUCUGUGCCAGUUUCCCUUUUGCUCCUCUCUCCAGAGGAUGUCUGUCAUCACGCAGGACAUGGGGAAGACAGGAACCUUUGAUCUCUACAUGAAGGGAGCCCCGGAGAUGGUGGCCAGUUUCUGCAAAGCAAAGACCGUUCCAGGGAACUUCAUGAAGGGACUCAGAUUCUACACUUCCCAAGGCUUCCGAGUCAUUGCCUUUGCACACAAGGAGUUCUCCAAGGAGGAGGGUACAGACCUGAAUGGCUUGGAAAGGGAGGAGAUGGAGUCUGACUUGACCUUCUUGGGCCUCCUGAUCAUGGAGAAUCGGCUGAAGAAUGAGACUAAGCCUGUCCUGGAGGAGCUCAGUGCUGCCCGCAUCCGGAGUGUGAUGGUCACAGGUGACAAUCUUCAAACAGCCAUCACGGUCGCUAAGAAUUCCAGGAUGAUUUCCAGAAGCAGCAAAGUGAUUCUCGUGGAAGCAAGCCUGCCAGAGGGAUCCUCUUCAGCCUCCAUCACCUGGCAGCUGAUGGAGGAUGUGCAACAAAAGUCAGGUGAAAUCCAUGAUCCUUGCAUUACCAUCGAGGGCACAGAUGAUCCUUCUGGACCAGGCACUGCAGACAACGAUUUCCAUUUUGCUCUGAAUGGGAAAUCCUAUCAGGUCCUCCUGAGCCACUUCAACAGUUUGCUGCCAAAAAUACUUCUGAAUGGAACUGUGUUUGCUCGGAUGUCUCCAGUGCAGAAGUCCAGCCUGGUGGAAGAAUUUCAGAAACUGGACUACUACGUGGGGAUGUGUGGCGAUGGUGCCAACGACUGCGGGGCCUUGAAAAUGGCUCAUGCUGGGAUCUCCCUUUCUGAUCAAGAGGCCUCUGUGGCUUCACCCUUCACCUCCCAAGUCUCCAACAUUCAGUGUGUGCCAGAACUGAUCCGGGAAGGGCGUGCCUCUCUUGUGUCUGCCUUUGCCGUGUUUAAAUACCUGACCAUGUAUGGCCUGACUCAGUUCAUUGCGACUGCUCUGCUUUAUUGGCAACUUCAGAUCUUUGGCAAUUACCAGUUCCUUGUGCAAGACGUCUGCAUUACCCUCGUUGUGUGCCUGACAAUGAGCUUGACCAAUGCCUAUCCCAAACUGGCCCCCUACCGUCCCCCUGGACAGCUCAUCUCACCGCCGCUGCUGCUCUCCAUCGUCCUCAACGUUGGCUUCACCCUCACCAUGGAGGUCUGUGGCUUCCUCAUUGUGAAGCAGCAGCCUUGGUACUCAGAGCUGCGCAGCCACAGUGGGUGCCCUUUAGGAAACCAGCCCCUCUUCCCGAACAACGGCAGUGCCAAUUCGACAGCCCCACAGCACAGCGUGUUAAGCUACGAGUGCACCACCCUUUGGCCGCUCGUCACCAUCAACUGCGUCAUCAUGGCCUUCGUCUUUUCCAAGGGGAAGCCUUUCCGGAAACCCAUCUACACCAACUAUAUAUUUUGCUGCCUGCUGAGCCUCCAGCUUGGAGUUUGCCUUUUCCUUUUCUUCAGCAACCUUGAAACGGUGUACAAGGGCAUGGAGUUUCUCUGCACCCCGGCCAUCUGGAGGAUUUGCAUUCUGAUCAUGCUGCUGGUCAUGUUUUCUGUCUCGUUCUUGGUUGAGGACGCCAUCCUGCAAAACAGGCGCCUCUGGCUGCUGAUCAAGGCCUGCUUUCGGUUCCAUUCCUCCAGCCAGUACCGGAAGUGGCAAAGGGAGCUCGAGAAAGAUGCCGCCUGGCCUCCUAUGAACAGAACAGAUUUUGCAGAAGAGACCAUCGCCCACCUCAAUCCCAUCUACGAACAUGGGGAGGAGAACUAGUGGGCAGGCUGCUGCCAGCACAGUGGAGAGCGGGCUGGUGAGCCAGGACCUGCUCCCUUGUAUGGGCAGGCUGGGACUUUUCCUCCCUACAAAGCCACUGAACGUGGCGGUGGUGGCAAGAAGACAGCCCUUUGGAGAGUUAGAGCUGUGUAGCUGUCUCCCUUUGGCCCCCCAGAGCCACCUUUUAGACCAGGGAAUGAAGGCAGAUCUGCUCACUUAUAAACUGAUUAAAGAAAAUUAAGGGCUGGCAGCACACAGGCCGGCCGGCCCAAGAAGCAUCGUUCAGUGGUCCUGACACUGAGUCAGUGGCCCUUUGGAGGACUCAUGCGGCUAAGUAUGCUGUGGGGAAGGAGAUUCUCCCCCGCCCCCCAACCGCCCCUACAAAAGAAAUAAACUGAUUUUCAUAUGA